AUGAGUGACUUCACUGGGCCCAAUGUAUACACCAUAGUCGCCCGCCAUGUUGACAAGCGACUUGAUCUCGACAGCGGCAAGAAGGAAGAUGGCACCAAGCUGCAGCUCUAUAAGCCACUUGACAAUGACCAAUACGGUCCAAAUCAACGAUUUGUCUUCGCUCAUGCUGGCAAUGACGAGUACCUCAUCAUCAAUGUCAGGUCUGGCACGUAUCUCACGGCUUCCGAUGAUAGUAAACAAAUCACUGCGAAUCUCAUCUCUCCCCUCGAGAAACGUGUGCGCUGGAAGAUUGAGCCCGUCAAGGAUCGCAGUGGAGCCUACUUCAUUGUCAGUGUUGCAUUCCCCAGCAAGGUGAUCGACAUUUCCGGGGCGAAGACCGACGAUAGGACUGAAGCCCUCACCUACACCAAGAAUGGUACUCAACAUCAGCAAUUCUUUUUGAGAUCCGCUUAG